ACAAUGGAGCUGCGCAUGUGAGAACUCUUCCAUUUCCGUAUUUUCCAUGCGUCGGUUUCAUCAGUGGUAAAAAAUGUCACGGAUUUUCAAUAGCCUCGGAAAACUUGGCCUCGCUAUUGCUGUAACAGGAGGAGUUGUUCAAUCAGCCCUUUACAAUGUUGAUGGUGGUCAGAGAGCUGUUAUCUUUGACAGGUUACGUGGUGUACAAGAUGAGGUAGUUGGUGAAGGGACACACUUUCUCAUCCCAUGGGUCCAGAAACCUAUUAUUUUUGAUAUUCGUUCUAAGCCAAGGAAUAUUCCCACAUUUACAGGCAGCAAAGAUUUACAAAAUGUGAACAUCACACUAAGAAUUCUCUUCAGGCCUCAAGUCCCAGCUUUACCCAAGAUCUACACAAACCUUGGUAUUGAUUAUGAUGAGAGGGUCCUGCCGUCCAUCACAACAGAAGUUCUAAAAGCCGUUGUUGCCCAGUUUGAUGCCAGUGAUUUGAUAACACAGAGAGAGCUUGUAUCAACCCGAGUUAGUGAAGAGCUGACAGAGAGGGCGUUACAGUUUGGUCUUAUUCUUGAUGACAUUUCUUUGACACAUCUAACAUUUGGAAGAGAAUUCACAGAAGCUGUAGAAGCCAAACAAGUAGCCCAACAGGAAGCAGAGAGGGCUCGUUACAUUGUAGAAAAAGCCGAACAACAAAAGAAAGCUGCCAUUAUAUCAGCUGAGGGUGAUUCUAAAGCUGCAGAGCUUCUAGCUCAAGCUUUUGGCAAAGCUGGUGAAGGUCUGGUUGAGCUGAGGAAGAUUGAAGCUGCUGAGGACAUUGCCUUCCAGCUCUCAAAGUCCAGGAACAUUGUGUACCUGCCCCAUGGUCAGCCUACACUACUCUCACUGCCUGAGUGAUUUGGUCUGUCUUCAAUUGCUUUUUGUUUAUUAUUAUGAUGUGAUAACAAUAGGAUUAAUUCUGAAAGUUUCUGAUAGUGUACUACAUUGCUACUGGAUAAGCUUUUCUUUACCGAAAUAUAAAGUUUAACUACUUAUAAAUCUUAGUUAUUACAGUUUACUAACCAUUAAUGUCCCAUUCAUUCUACCAAAACUCCACCCAUGACGGCCCAAUGUAAGGAGCAUAACUCUGUAUGAUCAAGUGAAUAGUUUCACAAAAUAUUUGUUUUUGUCUAAAUGAAAUUGAAAAUUAAGAUAAAAACUACUGCUUAAUGUUGGGAAUAAACCUGGCUUUCCAACAGUAUUAAAUAGAAUAUAUUAUAUUCGGUACAAGUACAGAAUAAAAAUAAAAAAUGUCGGAGAAAAUUCAAAACAGGUCAUUUUCGGUAGUCAACUUUGUUUAUUUUUGUCUAAACAACUAUGCAUCGAAUUUAACAGUUAAAUAUCAAUUUGAUUAUCUUUAAGAUAUAUAAUUCAUAAAAUACAUGCCUAGAUACGUUUAGAGGCAUUAUUUUAUUUUAUUUUUAAUAUUAAAUCAACUAAAAAUUGGACAGAUGAGUCUAAAAUUUCGAGAUGGAAAGAAACUAUUAUUUUUUAUCUUUCAAAAGCGCCAUUGAAAUUAGAACACCGGAAAAGGAUGGUGAAACUAUCCGACUUCCUGUUUAGUUAAAAAUUAGGAUUUGUAGGCCAAAUUUUAAUGAAACAAAUUUAAUUUUUCUAUGAGUAUUGUAAGCGGGCGGCAGCGGGCGUUACGGGACAUUAACGGUGUCGGGCGGCAGCGGGCGUUACGGGACAUUAAUGGCUAAUAUUAUAUUGACGUAGAAAAGUUGGGGAAAAGGUUAAUUUAUUAGAUUUUUAUGAGUAUUUUUAUUAAAUGUCUAAGAAAUGUAACUCAACGAAUGAUGGUAUUGUUAAAUUAAAGCAUCAUUUCUUGUCAAUCUAUAAAAAAAUAAUUCAGUAAUUGUUUUCCUAGUUGCUAUAUUCCAGGUAGCAUUAAAAUUUUUUGAUGACAAUGAGUCACUGAUUUGCAUAGUUCAAUACAUCUGAGUGUGGUAAUUAGUGUUAAGCUGCCUAACAAAUUGGCUUAACCUACACAUCUCAUACUCAUACUAGAAUUAUGUUUUAAGCUAGUUGUUCACAGAAAAUCUUUUGCUGCCUGCCUUGGUUUGGAAUAGAGGAAUUCGUGUAUGUUCAUAGAAAUUUAGCUUUGACUACAAGUGUUACAUGUUGACUGAUUGGCUGGCUGUAAAUCAGAGUUUAUUUGUGUUCAUUUUGAUAAGAAGAUUAA